AUGGCCGCCGAGGAUCGCCUGGAGGUGAGGACCUGCGACUACGAGGGGCUGGACAGGGCCGCGAGCUGCUGCGCACGGAGGGCGCCCACGUGCUGGACGAGGCCGGCGCGGAGGCAGCGUCAGCAGCCGACCGCUACCUGCGGGCGCCGCACGUGGUGGGCUGCUGUCGGGUACUUCAGCUGCCUUGCCCAGGCCGAAGGCAUGUCGGGCGGGAGGCUCGGCAUGAUGUACCACCUCUGCGGCCUUGCGCAGGAGGAGUCGUCAGCAGGCUGCUCGAUCGGCGCUUGUGGAGUCGAGCACGUCGAUAUCUGGCGGCUGGCCGACUCACGCGACCAAGCGACGCUGGAGGCGGAGUACCACUUGGCCCCGCGGCCUGAUGGAGGGCCGCGUGCCGAGACGGCUGGCUGCCCGACACCUGGAGCAAGCCCGGUUGGGUCAGGCGACGAGGGGGCUGCGCGGCCUCCUGCUCUGCCGCCUGCACCGCUGCAGCCACCGCCGGAGUCCCCAGCCCCAGGAACAGAGCGGGCGGGGGGCGACGUCGCCGAGCCAGCAGCCAAGUGGGUCUGCGGGGAGGAGCUGAGUGCCGCUCGCUGUGGCGCAGCGCCGCUCGGCGAGGGUCCACACGCCUCGGAGAUCGCUGGGCUAGGGCGGGCGUUCGAGGUCCCUGCCCUAGACGGGCGUCUUGUCCAGCUGGGCCAGAGCCUGCAAGGAGGCUCGGGGUGCGGCCCCGGAUCCCCAGCGGUCGCCAUGAACGAUGUCAUGCCUGGGGCUGCUCAGGCGCCGGAGCAGCGCGCGCAGGGCCCCACAGCUGCUGGGAGUGGUGCUCGAGUCUCGGCAGCGCCUGCUGGUUACGAGAGGCCCGUCGAGAUGCUGACGACGGUGUUGCCGGGCGGCGUGGAUGGCUGCGUGCUCAGCGACGAGGGCUUUGGCGUGCUGGGUCGCGACGCUUACCUGGGGAUCACCGGCAGGCGGCAUUUGAUCCAGAGGAUCGCAAAGCAGCGGCCGGGAGUCCACCUGGGGAGGGGGCCUGGGCACCCCAGGAGGCAGGUCCCUCAUCUGCUCGCGGACCCGAGCCAGGCGGCCCCCCUCAGCCCCUACGUGACGCAGUACCUCAAAGCGGUGUUCUACGUGGCAUACCCGUUGCAGACGGUCGACGCGGACGGAGUGCGAGUGCUGCACCCGCUGGGCGAGGCGUCCGACGGCUUAUUUUGUGGGCUGGUCGUUGAGGACAGCGAUUUGCCCCUGCAGGAGUUCAAGGCCAGGACGAUAGCACAUCGGGACGGCCAUUGGCGCGGUGGCCGGUGGCUCACGCUGAUCCCCAGCAAGAAGGGUGCAGCCGAGCGGGUAGAGGUCAGCAGCGCGGUGCCAGCCAAGCAGGGACCCCCCUCUCUGAUCGGGGCCAGGAUCACCGAGAGCCUCGACAGCACGCCAGCCGAUCCCCGCCCUCAGCUCAUGUGGAAGAAGUCGAAGGUCACGAACCCCCGCUGCCCCGGCGGGAGUCGACGCGACUGGAAGCUGCCCACAGCCUUGGGCGCAGGGGAGAUGUUGAGCGCCAGCCAGGCAGGCCAGAGCCUGGAGCUUGCUGCCGGCGGCCACGCGGAUGCUGCAGGGGCACGCGAUGGUCUGCGCAUGCGAGGACCUGUGCAGAGGUACCGCUGGGGGAAACUGCACGCCAGUGCCGAGAGGCCAGGUGGGGCGACCACGGCGCUGCCGCCCCCUAUUCCUGACGCCCCUGGGAUCACGAGGUGCCGUGCAGAGUGGCUGAACCAGGGCACGUCCUGGAGGCUGGACUGGAUGCUGCGAUCGCUGAGGGCCGGGCAGUCCUGGUCGCACGGGAGCCCGAUGCGGGUCAUUCGCAGGGCUGCCGGGCAUGUCGCCUCAGACUCCGCGAAGGGCUUCCAGGGCCCUGACUGGCAUGAGGACGUUGCUGCCCGUGAUGACACACAUGGAGGCGAGGAGACGCGUGCCUGGCCGCUCACGGUAGGAGGCGUGAUGCCAGUCCUCCCGCCGUGCGGCAGUAUCGCCGCUGUGCGUGUGCUGGACAUCGUCGAGGAGCAUGUGGCUGGGUGGCCUGCUGAUCCCACAAUGGCGCAGCUGACCAAGGCCGAGUGGCCGGAGAAGGUUCAGUGGGCGGCUGCCCAGGCGAGCUCGGAGGCGGAGUGGCAUCGCUUCGGCGCCGAGCUUGUGGAGCUAGGCCUCGCUGUGCCCAUCGCCGACGCCCAGAUCUUCAAGAUUGGCAACAGGGAGGUGGCACGGCGGCUUAUUAUCAACAUGGCCCCCGCGAGUCGCUACCAGCGGAUGAUGCGAGAAGACAUCGGGACCCUCAGCACUUCACCGCGGAAGGUCUCGGUUCCACUCCCUGAAGGGCAUGCGCUGCUGUGGCCAUCCGACGACCAAGUGUCAGCGUUCUGCCGCAACGAGUUGCCCGAGGCCUGGCAGCCCUACAUGAUCUCGGUCGAGGCGAUCCCUGACGAGCUCAUCGGAGUCAGCAGGGCAGAGAGGACGCCUUUGAGAGCGGAGAAGCUGGAGCACGCCUGGGUGCAGUACGACAUCAACGACGGAGACCACGGGGAGAUCGUCCUGGUGGGCCGUCUUGAUGAGUUGGCAGGCUCGCUUAGCGAGGUCCUGUCUGAGCUGCGCGCUGCCUGUCCGAGGAGUGGCAUCCAAGUUGCUAAAGGCAAAGCCAAGCACCGCGAGCGUGGGCUGGAGCAUAUGAGUGCUGAUUUAGACGGCAUGCUCGGCCGCGUUGGAAUCACAGUCGAGAAACAACUCCUGCUCUUAACGCUCGUGAUGGUGGAAGUGGGCCAGCCUCAGGUCACGGCCAAGGCGGUGCUCGUCGUGCUGGGCCGCUGGGUGCACAUCGCGGAGGUCUGCGUGCCGUUCAUGGGGUUCCUGAACGAGUGGUGGGCUGCUGGGCAGCGGGAGAAUCCGCAAGCUGUGGCCUCAGACAUGUGCGGCAAGCUCCUGGUCUUCUGCAUGGCCGCCACACGGGGUCUCACCGACUUGAGAGCCAAGAUCGACUCGGGGAAGAUUGCAACGGAUGCGAGCGAGCAGGCGGGCGGCAGCUGCUACUCCGCUGGCCUCACCGCUCGGGGUGAGCGGGCAGCCACAGGCAAGGGAGGGCAGUGCGAGGAGGCCAUGCACGUCCUCUUCGCCGCGCCGCAAACGAUUCGGAGGCGGCCGCACGUCGUCCUGAUGGAGUUGCUCGCCGAGCCAGCCGCUGCUGCCGUGGGCGCUCAUCGCCUGCCCACGAGCGUGGCCGCCCACCUCUACUCGGAGAUAGAGCCGGGCGCGCGGCGUCUGGCACGGCGGCGCUGGCCCGGCGUCAUUGAGCGGGAGAACGUCGAGACCUUGGACCUUGAGCGACUCACCCGCAUGAUUGAGGGGUUCAGGCGCUAUGCCGACUGGGUCUUCGUUACCAUGGGGCGGCCGGACCAGGAUCUCUCUACCCUCAACGUGGUGGGCCAGGGCCUAGAAGGAGGCAGGUGCCAGCUGUUCUGGACGGUCCCUGCCCUCGACGAAGCCUCCGAGCAUGUGGUCGGCAAGCACGUCGGUUGGGUCGUCAAGAAUGUGCACAGCCUGGGCGGUGAAGCGCUGGGCCAGUUCUCGCAGGCGGUGGGCGUCACGCCGCUGAUGUUAGAAGCGAAGGACUUCACCAAGGGCUACAGGCUUGGUCUCCGCUGGUGUUCCUGGCCCGCCCGCAGUUACCUUCCACAUGACACGAGUAUCGAGGAGAAGGGCAAGAGCACUUGUCAGAGCAGCAACGAUGAGGUCAUCGUGGUGUGCAACGCUGCUGAUCUCUGGCCGCUGCCUGGGCAGAGGCUGGACGACCCUGAGGUGGACUGCCCUACUUCGCCAGGCCAGUACCGCGCCAGCACCCGCUGCUGUGGCCUGAUCGCCUGGAACGCGCAA